ACAACAGCCAAUUACAGGCCCCGAGGCCCGGGAAGCCACGCCAAUUAGGAGUCGCAGGGACCAUAAUGGGUGGAGGCGCCAACCUAUCAAGCUGCUGGACGCCGGAAGAGGACGGACCCAAGAUGGCGGCGCCCGUGCAUGUCAGCAGGUGCCGCUCAUGUCGGCGAACGGAGCAGUGUGGGGGCGCGUGCGGAGCCGCCUCCGCGCCUUCCCUGAACGCCUGGCAGCGUGCGGGGCCGAGGCCGCCGCGUACGGCCGCUGCGUGCAGGCCUCCACGGCCCCGGGCGGCCGCCUGAGCAAGGACCUGUGCGUGCGGGAGUUCGAAGCCCUGCGGAGCUGCGUCGCCGCCGCGGCCCGGAAGGCGCCACAGGGAGGCCGCUAGGAGGACCCGGCCGCGGAGCGCACGCCGGGCACGCGCUGGGCCGAGGAGGCGGGCGUGGCCAGGCCCCUGCGUGUCGGACCCGGGUCCCAGCAGUGGGGGUGCCCGCGGCGAGGACUGCACGGCGCCAGGCUCCCCUUGACCCCCGGCGCCCACCCCGGCCAUGGAGCCGGCGCCCUCUUGCUGUCGCCUCUCAGAUAAACGGUGUCUAAGAGCUGG